GACCCGAAUUCUGUUCUCCUUCGUUCGGUUUCCUUCCCGUCAAAGGUUUUAUUAUUACUAUUGUGCUUCUCCAGACAACCCAAAGUUCCACACCCUUGAUUCUCGCGUGCGGUGGGAUGCCCUAUAAUGCGGAUAGCUUAAAUCGGUUACAAAUUCGCGAGCAGCAGGAGCUCAACCGGCAGCGCAAGGUGCAGGAGGAGGCCGAUAAGCGGCAACACGCGGGGGCGGUGGCCCGCACCAAGGCCCAGUACCGUCACAUCAAGGCGCAGGUCUUCGCUCCCCCCACCGAGGCCCCCUCGGUCGAGAAGGCCAAGGGCGACGUCCAGAUACGGGUCUACCUACGCGAGUGUGAUGGCGAGGCCGCGCAGGCCUUCACUUAUCGCGAGGGCAAGUCCCUAACCAGCCAGGUGGAGGCAACGCCGGGGCGCCCCGUCCCCGUGGCCCCAGCCCGCGAGGAGGUCCCCGCGGCGCGGGCGCCUUCCCCGAGUUUCACCCCCGGCCAGGUCCCGAAGUACCUCCAAAAGCGCAAGGCCGAACUCCUGGCGGAGAAGCAGUCUAUAGAAGACGAAGCCCAGCGACAACGUGAGCUGGCGAAGAUCCCGCCGGGCUGCCGCCUCGUUUCUGAACAGGAGAAGCUGGAGACCAUGGACAAUCUGGCGGCACGGCAGAAGGAGCUGGAGAUGCAGCUGAGUAAAAUUCCCAUUCGCUUUGACACCAACGCUAUCAAAAUGCGACGGCGAAAUAUCGAGGAGGAGCUUGCUCAAAUAGAAGCGGAUAAACUUAAAUACAAUUUUAAGAAACCUCUUUAUCUCCCGAUUAAUUGAUUAUCCCCGCUCCUUGGUAUGCGACAAUUAAGGGAUUAUGAUAGAUGGUUGCACUUGGUUUUGACUCAUUAUAACAUAGAGAGAAAAAGAAAGAAAGAGUGAGAGGGAGAGAAAGAGGGAGAGUAAUAUGAAGAUAUAUUUAAACACCAUUGAAAUGUAUUAAAAAAAAAAAAAGAUUCCUAUCCCCUUAUCGCAAAGUGUAUUUGUCUAAAGUAUAUCCCCUCCAAAAAAGGAAAAAAGAUUUAAUUCUACAUGGACGAGUACAUACUGUUGCUGAACUCA